UCGUGACUGUUAGAUAGUAUGUGAUUGUGUAUAGAUAAUUUCGUAGUCAGAACAAUAGGCACAAUCGAAAUACCUGUUCUGGGCGUUGAAUAAGAUUGGGUAUGAGUUUGAAAGAUUAUUAAAACCAUGCAACAGUAUGAAUUACGUUAUUUUCCAUUAUUUGUUACCUGUAUUCAUACUAUUUGUGAGACUAGGUAUCGUAAAAAACAUCUAUCUAGAGAAAACCUGAUAUACCCAAAAUCGUUUUAAUGAAAUGUCAAAGUUAGUCACAUAUUCCAUAGUAAUUCCGGAAUAUAAUUGUAUCCGUACGUUCAUUUAUUAAUUACUCAAUAACAUUAAAGUAUUAAUUGGGUCGACCACAAGCGCACACUAGCUCUCGAGACAAUACGACCACUGGAUACGCUAAUUGUCACGGAUCGGCAAUUUCAUCUACAACUUGAAAUUAAAAUUUAUUACGAUAUUUCAAAACUGUAUUCCCCAGUGCAAUAUUCACAAAACCAUUUCGAUGAUGCCAGUUAAAGUUAUUUCCUAAAGACUAAAACAUGUAGCGAUUUAAUAAAUAUUUAAAAAGUGCGGUUUAAAUCGCCAGCCCACUCGUCGAGUGACAUUUACACAUGGCCGAUCUCAUUCCGACAGACGACACCUGCUCUCUUCACCUUAAUGUCACUUCCCUGAUAUGUGCCAUACAUCCGAGCCGGGCUGUUAGCAUGAAUAAGAUUUUCGCGGUCGCACCCGCGAGCCCUUCCAAUACACGUCAAGGCCUCUACUCGCCGUAUAUAUUAAGUUCACCCGCCCGCAACGACACACUUUGUUACUUUCAUGCGAGCAGUGCACAUUUUGUACGUUCAAAAUGUACAGGCUCUUUGUAUUUACUAUUGUGAUCGCCGUCGCGACGUGUCAGCAGCAAGAAGGCGGAAGACGUGUUCCCAAAUAUGCCGGAGACCCGAAAACAGCAGCCAUCGUGCAGGAGGCGCGUUACCUGAGCGGCAACGGAGCCUUCGGUGCCGCGUACCAGCAGGAGGACGGUAUCAACUUCAAAGAGGAAACUGAUGCUGAAGGCAACAGGAAGGGCAGCUACUCAUACAUCGACCCUAGCGGCCAGAGGAAAACUGUGAACUACAUCGCGGGAAAGAACGGAUUCCAGGCUAUCGGGGACCAUAUCCCGACAGCGCCUCAAGCCGCCGCGCCCACACCUGGAUACACCCCGGACCCGCGUUACAACUCCCCGGAUUACAAGUCACAGCAGUACAGUGCACCUCAACAGUACACCGCGCCGCAGCCCGCCCGCAACUACGGCGGCAAACCCAACGAGGAUGACGGUCAAUACUACCCGGAGUUGUACGAAAAGGAGAACUACGUUGCUCCUCAGCAGCAGUACCAACCUCAGCCCCAGUACCAGCCCCAGCCCCAGUACCAGGCUCAGCCGCAGCCGCAGUACCAGCCCGAGCCGCAGUACCAGUCCAACAACAUCUACCCGGGCACGCAGCAGGCGCAGUACAGCGGGCUCCCGUCCACGCAGUACUCUCAGCCCGCUCAGUACAACCAGCCUCAGUACUCGCAGCCCGCCCAGCAGCAGUACUACGAGCAGACGACGCCGCAGCCGACCCGCUUCUUCCCUCCCGGCAAGUUCAGCCUGAACCGUGCUCCCGACGGUUACACUUACUCCUUCCACAAAGUAUAAAUGUAACUAAUUUAUAAGACUACGGCGAUUUGUAAAGGCCGAAACACGUAAAAGCACGCAUCAAUUAGCAACUCGCCGAGUCAUCGAGGGGCGGUCGCUGUGUGCGUACUCGGCCGCUUCAAAAGCAUUUCUUAAUUGUUGUUUGCUGUGAUAUUGUGAGUUAAUGGACAGAUAUACAUGUAUUAUGUUGUUCGUUUUUGUUACUAAGGAAGGUUUGCGGGCCGAACGCGCGUCAGUUGACAAAACUGAACUUUGUAAAUAAACUUAGACUUACACACUGAAA